AUGGAAGCCAGAAGGUUUGAACGUCGGUCAACAGAAUUAUUGCCUGGUAUGGAGGGCAAAUAUGUGGCUAGAGGACAAUUUUCUGGAAAGUGUAUAGCUGUACUAACAAGUGGUGGAGAUGCUCAAGGAAUGAAUGCAGCUGUACGUGCUGUUGUACGCAUGGGAAUAUAUUGCGGAUGUCGUGUUUUUUUCAUUAAAGAAGGAUAUCAAGGUCUUGUGGAUGGUGGUUCAAAUAUUGUAGAGGCAUCAUGGGCUGAUGUAUCUGGAAUACUUCAAGCUGGUGGUACUGUUAUUGGAUCGGCUCGAUGCAUAGAUUUUCGGAAUCGGGAAGGGCGCUUGAAGGCUGCUUUAAACUUAGUUAAGAAUGAAAUCACAAACCUAGUUGUUAUUGGCGGUGAUGGUUCCCUAACUGGCGCUGAUUUGUUUCGUAAAGAAUGGUCAGGUCUUCUAGAAGAACUUGUUAAAUCAAAUCAGAUUUCUUCUGAAAACGCUGAACGAUUUGGUCAUUUAAAUAUUGUUGGUUUAGUUGGUAGUAUUGAUAAUGACUUCUGUGGUACAGAUAUGACAAUUGGUGCAGAUUCUGCACUUCAUAGAAUUAUUGAAGCAACUGAUGCUAUCUGUACCACAGCUAGUUCCCAUCAAAGAUGUUUCAUUUUAGAAGUAAUGGGUAGACAUUGUGGUUACUUAGCACUAGUUGCAUCAAUGGCAUGUGAAGCUGAUUGGGUAUUUAUACCCGAAAUGCCACCAGCUGAUGAUUGGCGUGAAAAGCUGUGUCGCAAAUUACGAAUGAAUCGUCAAUUCGGACAACGUGUAAACAUAAUCAUGGUUGCUGAAGGCGCUAUCGAUAAAGACUGUAAACCAAUCACCUGCGAAGAUGUUAAGAAUUUAAUCGUUAAAGAACUUCAAUUCGAUACACGUAUUACAGUACUGGGACAUGUACAACGUGGUGGUUCGCCAUCUGCUUUUGAUCGUAUUCUAGGCAGUCGUAUGGGCGCUGAAGCUGUUUUAGCUCUUAUGGAUGCUGAUCGUAAUCGUGAACUACCAGCUUGUGUUAUAAGUUUAGACGGAAAUCAAACAGUACGAGUACCACUUGUACGAUGCGUUGAGCGAACACGUAAAGUUGCUGAAGCAAUGAAAAAUUUUGAUUUUGACCAAGCUGUUCAACUGCGUGGAUCGAGUUUCAUGAAUAACUUAUCAACUUAUCUAAAGCUUUCUAAAAUUGAACGACCACGUCAAAGUACCAUGAAUAACCUAAAAAUUGGUAUUGUCAAUGUCGGUGCACCAGCCUGUGGUGUAAAUGCUGUGAUGAGAGGAUUUGCUCGUUUGGGUAUCACUAAAGGUUAUACUAUACUUGGUAUACAUGAAGGAUUUUCUGGUUUGGUCAAUGGUGUAGUAACUGAAAUACAAUGGUGUGAUGUACGUGGAUGGGUCGCUCUCGGUGGUUCUGCUCUAGGAACACGCAGAGAUACACCAAAUUCUUUAGGCAUUGAUAAAGUUGCCAGUAGAUUUAAACAAUAUAAUCUAAGUGGUUUACUUGUUAUCGGCGGUUUUGAGGCAUAUGAAUGCAUGAUACAGUUAGCUGAAGGACGUGAUAAACAUCCAGAACUGUGUAUACCUAUAGCUAUGGUACCAGCUACAAUAUCUAACAAUGUACCGGGUACUGAUUUCUCUUUAGGCUGUGAUACAGCCUUGAAUGAAAUAUGUUCAAUUUUAGAUAAAAUUAAACAAAGCGCUUUAGGUACAAAACGUCGUGUAUUUGUUGUCGAGACAAUGGGUGGUUAUUGUGGUUAUUUAGCUACAAUGAGCGCCUUAGCUGGUGGCGCUGAUGCUGCUUAUAUCUAUGAAGAACCAUUUACAAUUGAUGAUUUACGCGAAGAUGUUGUACAUUUACGUGCUAAAAUAGCCGAUAAUGUUCAGCGUGGGUUAGUCCUAAGAGCUGAAUAUGCUAAUAAAAAUUAUACAAGUGAAUUUAUUCAUCAAUUAUAUGCAGAAGAAGGCAAAGGUAUAUUUGACUGUCGUUGUAACAUAUUAGGUCAUAUGCAGCAAGGCAAUAGUCCAAGUCCAUUUGAUCGAAACCUUGGGACUAAAUUCGCUUCGAAAGCAAUUGACUGGUUAAAUGAUCAAAUUAAUGCAAAUAUACGUUCAGAUGGUACUGUUUAUACUCCUGGGCAUUUAUGUUGUACUCUAAUUGGUAUAGUACGUCGACAGACAACAUACUCAAAUAUUAUGGAAUUGAAAGAUCACACAGAUUUCAAACAUCGUUUACCUAGAGAAGAGUGGUGGCUUAGUCUUCGUCCACUAAUGCGUAUUAUGGCUAAACACGAUAGUCUUUAUGAGUCAGAAAGUAUUAUGGCUGGUACUGAUAGAAAAGUUACAGAAUAAUAAAUUUUUAUUAGUUGAUUGCUUGUUUAAGCUUACGUUUCAACCUUUCUCCCCUGAUGAGAUACUACUACUAUUGUAAUUGUUGUUAUUAUUAUUUCUGAUGAUGCCAACAGAUAAUGAUGAUCCUAUGAUUAUGAUUAUUCUUUAAUUCUAUUCGCCUACCAUAAUAUUGAGUUAGAUAGAUCAUGUAUUUUCAAAAGUAAUCAGCAUAGAGCGAGUACUUUAGCACUUUACUGUCUGUUUAUUUGGUUUUCGACGAAGAAAAUUAACUUCUCUCCGUAUCUAUUUAUUUGAUAAUCUCUCUACUUAUUUUUACGAUCAGUAUAAUUUUCCUUGCCUUUUUUUAACGUGAAUAUCGAACGGAAGAUUCAAAUAUAACUAAAAUAUAAUUAUUUCUUAUUAGAUUUUCAGUAUAAAUGUUUGAUUAUGAUUGAGAACACAACGUAUUUUAUUCUUGAUGAUUAUUCUCUAACUGGUAGGUUUAGUUAGCCUUCAACUUCACGUUGCUUCAUCCUGUUGUCAUGAUAUUUACCCCUUUACUUAGUAUACUGUUUAUGUAGUAGACAUGCCUACAUGUAGAUGUUUGCUUCAAAUGUCUUUCCUCUUUGACAUGUUAUUAUUUUCAUUAUUAAACGAGCUGUUAAAUAGUGUUUCUAUUACUAUUAUUCAUUUCAUCCUUACUCCUUUAAAUUCUAAUAAUAUUACCAUUUAUUACAGUUGAAAACAAUCAUUCAGAAAAUCA